AGGCGGGCGAAGCUCGGCGAAGCAGCUGAAGGCUGCCGCCGAGCCAAGGCUACGGCGCGGCCUGCGAUAACUCAGUUUAUCGUUAUCAAUCCGCGGUGGCCUGUUGCGAGCGUCGCGUCGGCCUGCCAUCGCCUGGAGCUCGCCCGCAGAUGUAACUCUGACGAAACUGUUUAUAUUUUUUAAUAUACGAUAAGCGAAAGUGCCUGUAAACGGACUAGUCCAUCCGGACUAGUCACGAGAAAACAUGAACACGAAGCUCCUGUUCGUUGAAUCGGUGGAAGUACUGCGGAACACCCUGCCGCACUACCACACCAUGCUCGAGGCGAUCCUGGUGCUCUGGGUGGUGUGGUUCAUCUCCAAGAGACGAAGCGGCAGCGGCGGCAACGGUCGCCACAGCCCGGUGCCCUCGAGGGAGCUGGUGGAGCGUAAACUGGCGGAGUGGCGGCCGGAGUCCCUCGUGCCGGAGCCGCCGACGGACCAUCCCUCGCUGACACCCAGACGCAUCACCUCCAGCGUCGGAAAGUAUGUGAUGAUCAACGGCAAGAGUUGCCUCAAUCUGGGCACGCACAACUACCUGGGUUUGUGCGACAACGCGAAACUGGUGGAAAGCGCGGUGGCGGCUAUAGAGAAGUACGGCGUCGGAUCUUGCGGACCGCGCGGCUUCUACGGGACCGUCGACGUGCACAUCGAGCUGGAGGAACGGCUGGCCAAGUUCAUGGGCAUGCAGGAGGCGAUAAUAUAUUCCUACGGGUUCGUCACCGUGUCGUCCGCGAUCCCGGCGUACUGCAAGCGUAACGACUUGAUAUUCGUGGACGAGCAAGUGAAUUUUGCCAUACAGAAGGGCCUGGACGCGUCUCGAGGAAAUAUCCGAUAUUUUAAACACAAUGACGUCGAGGAUCUGCGUAAUCUCUUGACGAAGCAGGAGGAAAUAGAUGGGAAAAAUCCUAAGAAGGCCGCGAAGGUCAGACGCUUUCUCAUUGUCGAGGGUAUUUAUAUGAACACAGGCAAGAUUUGUCCCCUGCCGAGACUAGUGGAGCUUUGUAAACGGUACAAAUUGAGAAUCUUCAUCGACGAGUCGAUAUCACUUGGUACCAUCGGUCAGCAUGGAAGGGGCGUUACCGAUUACUUCAACAUUCCCAGAAGCGAAAUCGACAUGAUAAUAGGAUCUUUAGAAUGCGCCAUAGGAACUAUUGGAGGCUUUUGCGUGGGCACGUCCUUCAUCAUUGAACAUCAACGUUUAGCUGGCCUUGGCUACUGCUUCUCAGCGUCUCAACCGCCGCUCUUGGCAUCCGCCGCUAUCACUUCUUUAGAUAUCAUUGAGAAUAACGUAGAGAUAUUUCAGUCCUUGAGAAAUAAUGCCUUGUCGAUCGACAGAGGUCUUAAAGACAUUCCAAUGUUGGAUUGCCCUAGUUUCGUAGAAUCGCCUUUGAAGCACGUAUAUUUGAAGGAACAGAGAGACCAUGCCACCGAGGAGAAAUUACUGACGGAAAUUUCUAAUAAAUGUAUAGAGAAUAACUUAGCGGUCAUACUGCCUGCCUAUUUGGAAGCGGAAAGAGCUUUGCCUAGACCUAGUCUUAGACUUUGUAUAUCUGCUAGUCUGGAUAACGGUGAUAUCAACUUCGCGCUGAACACUUUGAAAAAGUGUACGGAAGAAGUGUUGUCAUUUUAUGAAUGAAAUAAAAAUCUUGAAAGAGAUAUAUUUUAA